CCAUGCCCUGGGCACCAGUAAGGCAAAGUUAAUGGGUAAAAAGUGACUCUGUGGGAGGAGAAGCCAUCCUCUUACAAGGCUGACUCAUCCACAGUCUAAUCACAGCCUUUGUUUCUUUAUUUCUAUGCCUGAAACCUGCCCUUAAGAUCUACAUGCUGGCUUUAGACAUAUCUGUCCUACUUAUUAGAGAGAGUGAGCAGAACAACAGACUGCCACAAAAGACUAAUUUCUCCAAAAUGGUGGCUAUUCUGCUUUAUAAUCCUUCCCCAUUUAAUGAGUGCGUGGCUCCCCUCCCCUCUUGUCAUUCCUGUCAUUGGUACACUCCAUAAAUAGACACCUGGCUGCUAUGGAGGGACCAAGCGCUGGCAUUAAUUCACAAUAAAGCCUUUGGAUGUGUGAAAGACAGAUUAGGAUGCAGGCAAGAUGGGGAGAGAGAAAAAUGAUGUGUGGGCGCCUGAGUGGUGGGAGAGAGUGGGACAAGGAAGACAAACAUGAACCAUCAACACACAAUUAAAUAUACCAUACAUGAAAUAUCUUAUAUUUCAAUGCAUUUGCAUUACAUUUUCACAGCUGAGCCACAGAGAUGCAUUUUUACUCCUAAAACUCUUCCACUUGCUUUGAUAGAUGGCGUUCAGUGGCACAAAUAUACCAUGGUUGGCCUAAAUCUGAGCACAUGUUCCUGCACAUAGUGUGCACAUAGAAGGACGUCCUCCUCUCUCUCUCUUCCUCGGCUUCUGUUAGCAGACACACCAAACAUGGACAUUCAGCAACCGGCGUAGCCUUGUGCUGGCUGUUGUAGGCGCAGACACGACUUAGCCCACAGUGAAAGCAGAUCGCUGGUGUAAAACGGAGGUGUUCAUCAGAGACGCGUGGAUGGAGACGCUGUCCUCCUCCUCUCCACUCUCUGGUCAGACAGCCACCGACAGCCUGCGUGUGGUGUUGGUUAAUGUGAUCUCAAGGCGUCGGAGGCCUAGGAAGGAAAUUAAAUACUUGGGUUCAACUGGAAUGUCUUUGGCACUGCUCUGGCCUGAAGCUCUAUAAAGUGUUUAUUCAUUUAUUUAGUGAGUUGCUAAAUAUGUACUCGUGCUUUUCUUUUUGUCAUGGCUGUGGCUACAUGAAGAGAUACAGCAGGAAAACAUUAGCCGUUUGUCAGAAAAUGUGCUAAAGCAGGUGAAGACAGGUUGAACGCCUGGAAGAGGAAAGAGAGAAGUUAAUAUGUGAUGGUGGAAAGAUUGAGCUGAACAGUGUGUGUGAUAUAAAUACUAACAAAUAAGGGUGGAGGCAGCGAUGGAUGAGCAUUGCAUGUAAUCAUAGUAUUUAACCCUUGGUGAUCGGUUGUGGCAGGUACCAGCUUCAUUUACUUUGUCUGUACCGCCUGUUCAACAACCCUCUAAAUGAUGCCGGGGCCACAAUUUUUAUAUAUAUUUUUUUCAUCUGCACUCCAACAGCGACGCCAGCCAGGAUUCUCUGUGUGGGUGAUUUUCGAUUUGUCAGCCUGAGUUGAGAAUAGGUUAGGUACUUGCUGCAGAGGUGUGUGUCUGGAGAGGAAUGAGAGAGAAGCGGGAGCGGAGCGAGCGGGAAGGACAGACGUAUGCUUCUUUGCUACUCGGAGUAUUGAACCGAUGCCUGGAGCGUGUGCAUUCACUGCUCACCGCUGGCACGCCAUUGUUUGCCACUUGCAGUCCAACAUUUCUAGCAGAAUCCCAACUAAGAGAGGGCUUGGCAAGCAUGGACCGAGCCUCUGUCACACUGUGACUGCUUGUAGAGGCGACUCCACGGCAGAUGAGGGAACAUGUUGGCUAUGGACCAAGGAGUGGUGGAGGAAUGGCUGUCAGAAUAUAAGACCCUCCCUGACAGUGCUGUGUCCACCUAUGCUGCCUCACUAAAAGACAAAGGAGCCCUGGUCCCUGCACUCUACAAAGUAAUCAGAGAGAACUACAGCGACUUGCUGGAGCCCGUGUGUCACCAGUUGUUUGAGUUUUACCGAAGCGGCGAGCCGCAGCUGCAGCGCUUCACGCUGCAGUUCCUGCCAGAGCUCCUGUGGAGCCUCCUGUCGGCCAGCGCAGCCAGAGACCCACACACCUCCGGCUGCAUCGAAGCCCUGCUGCUGGGCAUCUACAACCUGGAAAUAGUUGAUAAAGAUGGACAAAGUAAAGUGUUAUCUUUUACCGUCCCGUCGCUCUCGAAACCUUCAGUGUAUCACGAGCCUUCAGCUAUCGGCUCCAUGGCACUCACCGAGGGGGCUCUGGCCAAUCAUGGCCUGAGCAGGGUGGUGUACAGUGGGCCCCACCUUCAGAGAGAGAACUUCACAGCACAGAACAGGUUCGAAGUGUUGACCUUCCUGCUGCUGUGCUACAACGCUGCUCUGAGCUACAUGACCUCCACCUCCCUGCAGUCGCUCUGCCAGCUCAGCUCCAGGGUCUGUAUAUGUGGUUACCCAAGGCAACAGAUGCGGCGCUACAAAGGCAUUAGCACUCGACUGACAGUCACGUCAGAGUUCCUGGUUCAGCUCAUCACAGGGAUACAUUAUGCCUUGUGUAAUGGUGAAGUUGAACUGGGAUCCAAAGCUCUAGAUGAUCUCCUUUAUCGAGCCCAGCUAGAGUUGUUCCCUGAAGCACUGCUGGUGGGCAAUGCCAUCAAGUCGUCGCUGCGUGGCGCGGCGUUGAAGAGCAACAACAAGGAGGGUGCGCGGAGCAUCCAGGUGGAGAUCACACCCACCUCCUCCAGGAUCUCCCGCAACGCUGUGACGUCACUCUCAAUCAGGGGCCACCGCUGGAAGAGACACGACGCAGUGGAUCUGGGUUCCCCGGAUGAGCUGAUGGAUAUUUCCGAGGUGGAUGAAGGGGUGUGGCCAGGUGGGGUGGUUCCUGACAUGACCCCGCCCACCAUCACUAUCAGCAACAGCGUCACCACGUUAAACCUCGGAGCCAAGGCGAUGAAGAAGUGCUGGCUCGGGGGCCGCUCCAGCAAGGACAAGGACAAGGACAAGGAAGCGGGUCCUCUACUAACGGGCCGAGCCGCCAGCGAGAACGCAGAGCUGUCCGUCAAGCGACUGACGCUCACCUCCAGCCAAUCUGUGCCCAAGGCGGGAGCCCUCACCAGCCUGACGCGCACCGCCAGCGCCGUCUUCUCCCGCUCCUUCGAGCAGGUGUCCAGCGGUACCGCCCCCCCCUCCGGCAACCACGCCGCCCUCGACACUGCCCGCUACUCGUGCAGCCUGCAGGAGGAAGGCGUGGGAUUUCUGAGUCCCGCCCCCAACCACGCGCAGCGCUCCCCCAGCAUCAGCGUGCACCUCGGCUCUGACCUUUGAACUGUUCGUGACUACCUAGACCGUCGCCUCUGAUCCUGUGACCCCACACCUGUGACCUGGAACUCCAAGCCAUGCCAACUGCUACGGACGACAACACAUGAUCAAACACUCUGGCCUUCUCUGCUCCAUUUUAACUUCAUCCUUUCAGUCUGUGUGCUGUGAACCAACCCGUCGUCCUGCUCCACCCAGGCCUCCAGGGCACCAUCCGCUCCCUCUGGCUCUCUCCUCCGGCAGAGUCCACUGCUCUGGGCCUGAUGGCCAGCGAUGCCGGUGCUCCCAUUUCCAGCUUUACUGAUUGUAGUAGUGCACUGUUACCAUGAAGUUGUGCCAGAACAAAAGCGACCUGUCGUAAAUGGAUGCACCUAAAACAUAUUACUAAAAACUGUGUGGAGAAGUAAUUGGACUGGAUGUAUGAUGGCGUUUGUUGCGCUGCAUGGCUUUUUUUGUACGUCCAUCCCGAUUUUGACAUGGUUUGUUAAGGUGUGUGUGUGUGUGUGUGUGUGUGUGUGUGUGUGUGUGUGUGUGUGUGUGUGUGUGUGUGUGUGUACAGUUGUUUUUAGAACAAAUGCUGCUCAUUGAUACGUUGAAUAAGGUUUCCCCUACUUGUACAUUUUGUUUCUACUGCUUUUUUAAAUAGAAUACAUCCCUUUACAUAGCAAUACAAAUAUCUUCUGUUCAGUUAUCCAUCUUUUGUGCUAAACACCCAAAUUCAACAGUUUGAGUUGUGCUUCUCUAAAGGAGGUCCACAGUUUUCCCUCAAACCAUCAGAAACAACCACUCAAUGGUUCACAGUAAAGUAAGAAUCGGUUGUCUGUUUCCAAUCACAGUAUUGAUAUGAAUAAGCAAUAUCUUUUGUCCUUCUUUCAUAUCUGGCACUUUGUUUGAAUUGCUGCGUUUUAAUUGCAGAAAUAUGUAAAACUCCAUCUUCCAGUUAAUUGAUGUACUUUUUUUAAUUUGGGGGGCCGGUGGGUGGGUAUGAUUGAAGUUUUGAAUUUUGCACUUAAAAGAGUAAUCGGGUUGUGUUUUGCUAUUUUCAUAUGAAGAACAUGAGAGGUUUGACUCUCAACUGUGGUAUUUUCCUAUGAGAGAGAUCUUCACUGUAAUAGGAAUGUGGAGCAACAAGGCGUUGGCCCUCUCUUAUGCUCUACAUGCCAUUUCAGCUGUUUGUAGUACUGUGGUGAUGUGUUCCCCCCUGGAUGUUCUCUUCAUCGCUGUCAUAACACAAGACAUGGUGACAUUGUCUUGUACCAAAAAAGGAAUAAACCUCCUCAUCCUCCACCCUACAGUAAAUCAGUAAAGUGUUUAAGCUGCCCCAUCCCUCAAACAAAAGUGUAUUCUGUUGUCUGUGUCCAAGCUUGGUGGGACAAUAACAAUCAUCGUGUUUCUGUACGUUGGUUUACACAAUGUGAACAAAUAAGCUGUUGUUAUAAUUCAUACUAUUAUACUAAGUUGGUUUAUAUCAGCCUUUUAUUUGUCUCAAGAUAACUCAGUGCUACAACUUCUGUGAAUAAAUUGUUUGUAUAUUUCA